AUGGCGAACAGUCCUACUUGUAAUGCUCAAUGUGUUUAUUAUGGAAAUGAUAGCCUUAACUCCAGUCAAAUUGAUCUAACAGCCAUUGUAGCUGGUCAAGAUGUUAUCUCUAGUAUCUAUAUAUGUAUCGGCGUUAUUGGAACUUUAUUGAAUGGCUUAGUGGUAUAUAUUCUUGUCAAUAAGAAAAUUUUAAGAUCGCGUAUUCUUCGACACUUGAUGAUUAAUCUGGCAGUGGCGGAUUUAUGCUCAGCUCUAGCCGUUAUAUUACUUGGUACUAAAACCUUCUAUAUAAUUAAUUUCAGCAGUAGCACUAGAAUGAAUCAAGAAGUCAAUCUUAGCUUAUUUGGGCAAGAACUCAAUGGAAUAUGCAAGUCUAGCUAUAUUAUAUUUUUUAUGACUAAUUUUGUUUCAACUUUAAAUUUAACAAUCAUUGCAAUAGAUCGCUAUCGAACAUUUGUCGUCAAUAAUAUGGUCUCUAUAAGAUCGAAGCAAGUGAGUCUGGGUAAAAUACGCUUAUUAAUAGCCUGCUUUUGGGUGGUUUCUAUUGGUUUUGCCUUUCCUUUCAUCGAAACUUUCGAGCUAACACCUAGAGUGAAUAAUCGUUGUCUGUUUGCACACUCUUAUAAGCAUUGCACGUAUAAUAUUGUCCUAAUGGCUAUAGUUUUAAGUUUAUUUUGUGUUUUACCGGCCGUUAUCAUGAUAUUUUGCUACUUUAACAUCAUUCUAUUUCUUCGUAAGCAUGCGACAGGCACCAAGAACUUACUAAAUAAUAAUAAGGAGAAUCAAGCACGAGAUCUUAAUCACACUAAACUAUUCGUCGUUAUCACUUUUGCUUUUACGAUCACUGUAACACCAUUUAUGGGAUAUUUAAUCUACGUUUCUUGGACCAACUGUAAUGCCGAUGAGAUUUUGCAGUAUCUGUUAACAAAAUCUGCUUACGGAUGGAUAGCAUUUCAUGAAGUUGCUCACUUCCUUUUUAUUUUACCUCCAAUUAUAAAUCCAUUAUGCUACACAUUUAGUUCUCGUUCUUACCGCAAAGCAAUCUUGAAUGGAUGCCAAUGCAAUAAAGCCACAGCUAUUGGUCCUUCAACUCAAACAAACUCCACUUCAAAUCGUUAG